GUUCUAUCACUUUAUUAACAGUUAAACGUUUCUCUUGACCUCGCAGACAGUAACUAACGGUAGAGCAGUGUCGUCACCUCCAGCCAGCGGAAAUGCGUUACCGGCUUUUUCCACACGAUGGCGCCACUUCACCCACGCAGGCGAGACCAGCCCGCCCCGCCUGUAGGCGAAGCAGCACCGUCGUAGCCUGGAUCAACAGCCCGCCCCUCCUGUAGGCGGAGCAGCACCGUCGUAGCCUGGAUCGUCAGAGCAGACGUUGAUACAGACAACAACAGUGACAGAUCAAGAGCGCAUUUGUGUUUGCAACCUCCUCUGGGUGUAGUCUGAACAGUGGAUCCAGUCACGCACCGCAAUAUACCUCGCAGUUGUAUCCUGAUGAAGGAGCUCCGUCCUGGCUGAGUUCGGGAGAUGGGAGUCCUCAACAUCGCAGACCAGCCUCCUCUGGUCCAGGCCAUCUUCAACCGUAAUGCUGAAGAAGUUCAACUAUUAUUGCACAAAAAGGAGGAUGUCAAUGCACUGGACCAAGAGCGCCGUACGCCACUUCAUGCUGCUGCCUGUGUUGGUGACGUCCAUAUAAUGGACCUCCUCAUUGAAUCGGGUGCCACUGUAAAUGCUAAAGACCAUGUAUGGUUGACCCCGUUGCACAGGGCGGCUGCUUCCAGGAACGAAAGGGCAGUAGGUCUGCUGCUGAGGCGCGGAGCAGAGGCGAACGCACGAGACAAGUUCUGGCAGACGCCGCUGCAUGUGGCCACUGCCAACCGAGCCACGCGCUGCGCAGAGGCCCUGCUGACCCAGCUGAGCAACCUGAACAUGGCAGAUCGCACUGGCAGAACUGCCCUGCACCAUGCAGCUCAGAGUGGGUUCCAGGAAAUGGUGAAGCUGCUGCUGAACAAAGGGGCCAACCUGAGUGCCAUCGAUAAGAAGGAAAGACAGCCUAUCCAUUGUGCUGCUUACUUGGGGCAUUCAGAGGUUGUGAAGUUGCUGGUGUCUCGCAGUGCAGACAAGAGCUGCAAGGAUAAGCAAGGAUACACACCUCUCCAUGCUGCAGCUGCAAGUGGCCACCUCGAAAUUGUAAAGUACCUACUGAGGAUGGGGACAGAGAUUGAUGAGCCCAAUGGCUUUGGAAACACUGCGCUCCAUGUGGCUUGCUACAUGGGGCAGGAGGCAGUGGCUACCGAGCUGGUGAACCAUGGAGCUAAUGUCAACCAGCCCAACAAGUGCGGCUACACCCCUCUGCACCUGGCCGCCGUCUCCACCAACGGUGCCCUCUGUCUGGAGUUGCUGGUCAACAAUGGGGCAGAUGUCAACCAGCAGAGCAAAGAAGGGAAGAGCCCCUUGCACAUGGCAGCCAUUCAUGGACGCUUCACACGCUCUCAGAUCCUCAUCCAAAACGGUGGGGAAAUUGAUUGCGUGGAUAAAUAUGGCAAUACUCCUCUCCACGUUGCUGCUAAGUACGGCCAUGAACUGCUGAUCAGCACUCUGAUGACCAACGGAGCAGACACGGCCAGACGUGGGAUCCAUGGAAUGUUCCCCUUGCACUUAGCUGUGCUGUACGGGUUUUCAGACUGUUGUCGCAAGUUACUCUCCUCAGGUCAGCUCUAUAGUAUAGUUUCAUCCAUGAGUAAGGAGCAUGUACUUUCGGCUGGGUUUGACAUAAACACCCCUGACAACUUUGGGAGGACCUGUCUACACGCUGCUGCCUCUGGAGGAAAUGUUGAAUGUCUGAACUUGCUCUUAAGUAGCGGUACCGAUUUGAAUAAGAGGGACAUAAUGGGAAGGACACCGUUGCACUAUGCGGCUGCUAAUGGGAGGUACCAGUGCACUGUGACCCUGGUGAGCGCUGGCGCUGAGGUCAACGAGCCUGACCAGACGGGCUGUACUCCCCUGCACUACUCUGCCGCCUCCCAAGCCUUCAGCAGAGUUGAUCGUCAUUUUUCUGGAAACCAUCAGAAUGAUGAGGAUGAGGCGAAGGAGUCGUAUUUCUGCUUGGAGCAUCUAUUGGACAAUGGUGCUGAUCCAUCCAUGGUCAACUCAAAGGGUUACAGUGCUGUUCACUAUGCAGCUUACCAUGGCAACAAACAGAACCUGGAGCUGCUCCUGGAGAUGUCCUUUAAUGCACUAGGAGACAUAGAGAGCAGUAUUCCAGUCAGUCCGCUGCAUCUUGCUGCUGAUAAGGGCCACUGGCAGGCGCUGCGUGUGUUGACGGAGACUGCAGCCUAUGUGGACAUGCAGGACGCUGCAGGACGUUCUGUGCUCUACCUGGCUGCCCAGAAAGGCUAUGCCCGCUGUGUGGAGGUGCUGUUGGCUCAGGGGGCCUCCUGUCUCCUCAAUGACAACCGCCUCAUGUGGACUCCAAUUCAUGUUGCAGCUUCCAAUGGUCACUCAGACUGCCUGCGCAUGAUGAUUGAUUACGGGGAGGAGGGUGAUCUCACCAACGUUGCAGACAAAUUUGGCCAGACCCCUUUGAUGCUAGCUGUUCUGGGAGGUCACACUGACUGUGUCCACUUCCUGUUGGAGAAGGGUGCCUUGCCAGAUGCCAAGGACAAGAGGGGCAGCACAGCUUUGCACAGAGGGGCGGUGUUGGGUCAUGACGACUGUGUGACAGCCCUGCUGGAGCACAAAGCUUCUGCACUGUGUCGGGACAUUCAGGGUAGGACACCGCUGCACUACGCUGCAUCCAGAGGCCACACGGAGAUCCUGGCCAGUCUGGUGCAGGCCGCCAUGGCAACAGACCCACAAGAUAAACUGCUGGACAACAAACAAUACACCCCAUUGCACUGGGCUGCUUACAAAGGGCAUGAAGACUGUUUGGAGGUUUUACUUGAAUUUAAAACAUUUAUCCAUGAAGAGGGAAACCCUUUCACCCCCCUGCACUGUGCUCUGAUGAAUGGCCACAGCGGUGCUGCAGAGAGGCUGCUGGAGUCUGCUGGGGUCCACAUGAUUAACACCAGAGAUGCCAAAGGAAGGACCCCACUGCAUGCUGCUGCAUUUGCUGAGGAUGUUGCGGGACUUCAGCUGGUGCUUCGCCAUGGGACAGAGAUCAAUGCAGUUGACAACAGUGGAUGCUCUGCUCUGAUGGUAGCUGCUGACAAGGGACACAGUGGCACCGUGGCCAUCCUCCUUCACCGGGCCAAAGCUGACCUGACACUGCUGGAUGAGAACAAGAACACUGCCCUGCACCUGGCCUGCAGCAAGGCUCAUGAGAUGUGUGCCCUGCUGAUUCUGGGAGAGAUCCACAGUCCAACACUCAUAAAUGCCACCAACAGCGCUCUGCAAAUGCCCCUCCAUCUUGCAGCACGUAAUGGCCUGGCUACGGUGGUGCAGGCACUGCUGAGUAGAGGAGCCACUGUGCUGGCUGUGGAUGAGGAAGGCCACACCCCAGCCCUGGCCUGUGCUCCCAACAAGGACGUGGCAGACUGCCUGGCUCUGAUCCUCUCUACCAUGAAGCCUUUCCCCCAGCGGGACCCUUCCUCUUGCUCCUGCUCCCCUCCCACCGUCUCCCCCUCCCCGGGUCUCAACUUGCUGAAGCACUGCGGCAUCACCGCCGCCUGCGCCCCCCUGCCCAGCAACGGCCUCCACAACGGCUACGUCAAAGACCGUCACGGUGCAACGGUUGGCCUGGACGGCUGUCUGUCUGAGUGAGGUCACGCGCCCCCCUCAGUCAGCUGCUAUCACCAUCAUCACCACCAAGGGGGGGGACUCCCUUUAACAUGGCCCAGAGGACCAGGAGAGCACCCACCCAUAUGUCUGUUCUCUGUGUAUGUAUGUGUUUGUGUGUCUGUGUGUGCGUGUGAGUGUUUGGUCUUCUCUUGAGGUGCAGUCAAACCUAAUAUGCAAUUAGAUCCCAUUCCUCCAUCUCCUAGUAGUGCUUAAUGCGUAGAGGCGGAUUGCUCUACAAGGUCACUCAGAUGAAGUGUGGCAUCCAAAACAAACACUAGCAAUCUGGCCAUCUCUAAAUCAUUUAACCCUUUAAAACCAUGUCCACAUAAUUCUAUAACUGACAUCUAAGAGCAUGGAAACCUCUAUAUCCUCGACUGUCUCUCUCCUCAUAUCACUCAAUAUAAAAGUCAUAUCAUGUUUAAUCACUUGUGGUGACCUUGUAGAGGAACAUAGAGCCUUCCCAAAAUAAUGAUCAAAGAGUUUCUUUGUUUGUUUUUGGAUUAUAUUUUCUUUGUUUUUUUGUUUUUAAUUGUCCGUUAGCCUAGAUUUUUAUGAAGGAACCACACAAGGGAAAAAAAUCUAAAUUUUUGCUUAAGAGUGCAAUGCUUGUGUACUACAGUACGAUCCGAAAUUUGGAAAAGGGUCACAAAGAUUCCAUAGUGUACUUUAAAUGUACGGCCUAGAAUCAUAUUGGCAUUUUAAGAUAAUUUGGUAGUGCUGCCGAAUACAUUAGCAUGUCUCCUUCCAAAGGAGAGCCGUGCUCGGGUCAGCGUCGUAACAUUGAUUUGUUCUUAACGCUGACAUCAUGUUUUAAAGAUGCUAAAUAAGUGUUUGUUAAGCUAGAAUGUUUCUAAGCAUAUAACUUAUGACCAAAGUUGAUCAACACUAUUAUGGCUAUAAAUUAUUUAUUUGAGAUGAACUGUACUGUAUAGAGAAAGACAAUAGAUCUCGAUAUACCUCGUCAACUCGUUUAGCAGCUGCUUCAUCUUCACCCAGGGUCCGUAGGCCUAACGUUCUCUUUUUGUAGGACUGGAGAACUACUGUAGGAUAGUGACUGACUGAGGCCUUGUUUAUUUCUAGAUGAAGGCUUUACUAGUAAUAUCUGCCAACAACACCUCAUCAAAGCAUCAUAUAUCUGAGCACAUAAAUGAACAAGCCAUUUCAAUUUAUUUCCCAUCUCUUUAACAGUGUUCUUUUUUUUUGGAAAAAGAUUUCAGAAUUCAAACGGCCUAAUUAUCAAAAGAGAGCAAUCAGUUUUGGUUUUUAGGCGCCAGUGACGUUUUCAUUUUUGUGUUUUCUGAAGUUGAACCGGCCAUCAGCUUUUUAAUGCACUAAAGGGAGUAUUUCUUGGAGCUGAUGAACUAGUCUUAAAACAUCUAAUAGCUUCUAUCUCAACUUCUCGGUGGUCGACUGAUCAAUUUGGACAGCUAAGGAGUAACGUCUGCUAUUUUUAUUGGGCAGUUUUCAAGCAAUAUUUUCUUUUGGCCUUUUUUUUGUUAUUGAAUAGACAAUCACUGUCACAAGGGCUUUUGUUUCCCUGGAAUGUGUUUUUUUUUUUUUAUUAUUAUUAUUUCAUGAAAAAUUAACCUAAAGACUAAACGAAUGGCUCUGUGUGCUGGGCAUUUUACUGUCAGUGUCAACACAAAUGCACUGGAUUGCCUUUUAUGGCAUCUCAUGAAAUGCCUUUUGACCCAUGCCUUCCGUAACACAUCGUUUCAGUUGGAUUGUGUAAUGGCAGCGUGUGACGAGCCCUGAGACUGAUUAGCUUUCCACCCAUUUGAUAGCAACAGCAUCGAACCACAGUUGCACCCAUAGUAUCUCAUGGGGUGGGACAAAAAUUGCCCGGCAUAUCUUGUUAUGUCCCGGCGUUAUCAAUGACCAGGGAGCUGAUAUCCCUUACAGAGGCAAAUAGGGCUAAGAGAAAACGGAGAGGGAUCUUUGCUUAGGCCAAUACCUGUUGUUUAGAUUUCAGGAAUAGCAGAAAUCCAAAUAUGUGCUUUUUUUUUUUUUGGUGUUCAUUUUGUUGUCUCCUCAUCCCAUUUCUGGUACUAAAGAUGAUUGUAUCGGACCACUAGAGCUGUUUGUGACUUUUAGAUGUUAUAUCUAUGCUAUUUUGUUGUUGUUUUUUAGACCAUCUGCUGGUGGUUAAAUUACACUGAGUCGGAUUGUUUUCAUCGGUGUGAUAACUUCAUAUCCGCUGUUAAUGAAGUGGCACAAUUGCACACAUUAGUUGACUGGAUGAGAGAUGAGGACCUAGACUAGGCGAUGGCGUUAAAUCCCCCCUGCGAAAAAGUUUUACUUGAUUUACUAAAACGUCCAUUUCAGAGCAGCGAUGUCUCCGACCCUGUUCACACCUGGUAUUAACAUGCAUCCUGAGUGAUCGGAUCACAGGUGGACAGCUUUAAGUACGUCUGUUCACACCUGGCAUUAGAAUGCGUCUCCAGUGACCGCUUGUGAUCCGAUCUCACUUCCCCGCUCUAUAUGCAAAUAAACACGUAGUAAACACACGGCUAAUGCACUGUAGCAGACGUGACGUAAUAUUACAGGAAUGUCAGCAGGGAUGUCCUACAUAUUCCUAAAUUCGGGUACAUUUUAUUAACGUCAACAUAAAAGGUUAUUGUAUGGGCGGUCCCCGCAGGGACCUCCUCGCCGCCAACACCGCUGCCUUUGCCAGUCAACAGCGGCGUACAGAGCUUCAGAGAGCCGGGGAUGAGAGUGAGUGAGUGAGCGAGUGGGCGGGUGUCAACUCUCUGUGCAAAGCAGCGGAAAAAUAAUAAUAAUGCACUUCCUGUUCCUAGUCUGAUAGUCUGUAGAUAUAUAACCUAUCGAUUAGAUAUUUUUUAAUAAAAUACAGUUGUACCGACAGAAUACAGUAGAGCACAGAAGCCGUUUCCAUGCUGCGAGGCAGACGAGCGUUCGCGUCUGCCUGUCUAUUCAGCUGAGCAGUGCAGAGAGACCCUGUCCAUCCCAGCGGGACAUCAGAUAAUAGGCGGUCCUUAAUGUGGCCCAGGACCCAUUCAGAUACACACUGCUAAAAGAAUGCCACCUCUGAAUGUGGUCUGAGCAAUCGGAUCUCAAUGCGUCCUGAGUGUGUUCAAACUAGUGCUUAGAGCUGUCUGCUGGUAAUCCGAUUACUGGGGACGCAUGUUAAUACCAGGUCUAAACAGGGCCUCAUGUUAAUACCAGGUCUAAACAGGGCCUCAUGUUAAUACCAGGUCUAAACAGGGCCUCAUGUUAAUACCAGAUCUAAACAGGGCCUCAUGUUAAUACCAGGUCUAAACAGGGCCUCAUGUUAAUACCAGGUCUAAACAGGGCCUCCUAGUCAGCGUUGUAGAUUCCAAGUUGGCAUUUCAAUUGACUGAAAUGAAAUGGAACUACUGUAAUUGGUGAUUCUCCCCCCUCCCCCCCGUCUUUGUUCUCUUGAUCGAUUUAUAAUUUUCACGAGAACAGUUAACAUUAGGGACAGGUACAUAAUUCUUUUGUAAUCUCAGGAUCUGUGCUGAAGCAGCAGACAGAAUUUAUUAAUCCAAUCAGAUCUCAGCGGGAUGAUUAUGUCUACAUAUUUUUUUGGAUGGGAUGUUCCAUAAUUUUUAACCCUAAAUCCCACAGCACUUAAUUAGAUAGUCAAGCACGCACUUUAGUACAUUCAGGUUCUAAGUGUGCAAAAUAGAGCAGAUGUAAUGUAUGUACUUAUGUUUACAUGCAUGUGUGUUGCUGCUGAAUACAAGGAAGGUAGGGUUGCAAAAGACAAGCAGAGGCUGCAACGAAAUUGUACUCUAAUAAUGCAUUAUUUUAAAAAAAAAGUACUUCGGGACAGUGUCCACUGCCCACUGACUUUUUUUUGUAUUAUCUAUUUCUGGGCAACCGGCCCCAAAAAAGUGACAAGGUUGCGUUAGCCAGCCUACUGUUAAUAACACAGACUCUGGUCACUUAAAGUCAGUCCAGUGAUUCACCUCAGGCAGGCUCCUCAAAAUACUCCACAUACUCUCUCUGCCAUCUGUAGGUGCUGUCAGACCGCUCUUUUCGGGCAGGGAUUUUUUUUUCUCUUGUGAUGUCCUUAUCUGACCAGUAAAUGGAGCCAUCGCCCCGGCAACUAUACAGGUUGUAACUGAAUCCUUUUGUUGUAUCACAGUAUUCUUAUACAUGCUUUUUUUUAUUUGUGUGAACCAGUGAGUGAUUGUGCAUGGAGCUAGACCACAAUUUUUUUAUAUAGUACCGAUUUAAGCAAAGUGGAGCAUAUACAAUAUAUCCAAAACGGAAAGCAAUGAAAGGUCCAAUUGUAGCAAUAGAGAGUGUGUGUAAUAGUGUGCAGCACAAACAUUGCACUGCCAUUCAUUUAGGCCAAUUUCAGUAAAUCAUAAGCAUAAAUGCCAAUGGAAGAUUUAAAAUGCGGGUCAGAUAUAAGUUCUAAUCUUUGGUCACAAAUAAGGCCUGUUGCCAAAAUGUGUCGAGAGGGGGGAAAACCCCUCUCAGUAAAGCAGCAAUGGAUUUAUGCAUAUGUUCAAGCAGUUUACAGUCUGACCAUCAAAUCUGAGCCAUGAUUUCUUUCUGACUGAAAUGAAUGUAGGGUCAGUUCAGAGCAGGACAAUUUGCUUUCUCCCGACUUUAAACUGUUGCUCUUCAUUUGUCUUGCGUAGAUCUGAAUAUACAGGUAGCAUGUAAUUCUCUACAUAUUAUACAGUAUGUGUAGUAGUCUUCCUACAUUGAGGGUCUGGAUAGCUUGUUUUUGGCAUUAUUGUUGGAGAAUAGGCCUGCUGUUGUGUAAUAUCGCUCUUUCUCUCUAGAUAGAUAGAUAGAUAUGUGUGUGGAGUGUAGCCUACAAGGUAAACAAGGACAAGAGUUCAGAUGAAUUUAACAUUCACGUUCAUCCAUUCCAUUGAGAUUGCCUUACAGUACAGUAAAACAAGAGGGACAAAAAGGUCUACAGUAGAUAUGAUCACACAUAAAUAGCCUAUAUUUGACAAAAAUGCACCUAAGCUACACCCAUUUAGUGCCAUAGAAACCUUUCUUUGCCUUUAGACAUAAAUCAUACUUGGUCAGUAACUUAUUCAGACAUAGGCAGGGUUAUUACAGUUUUGUGUUUGGAGCUGCAUGUCUUUUCACCAAUUAUACUAGUAAAAAAAAACGAUAUAAAUAUUUGCAUGGGAUAUUAGUACUUAAAUGCAAGUAUUUUGUUAAAAUUAGGUGUUGGUAGAAGUCUAUUGUAUAAUUGGACAUUUUUGAAGAACAUAGUUAGUCCCUUUGGUAUUGGCAAAGCAAUCCCUUGGUUAUGCGUUUGUUUAACAAGGUGGUUUAUAAUGUGUGUGUGUGUGUUACCAGGAAAAAAAAUGAUGUCCAAAAAAAAGCAUGGUAUAGAAUUGAUUUGCCUCAACGGAUGUCUCGGUUCUUACUUGAAGUAAAUGGCAAAUUUCAAUUCAACUCUCUGAUCCACUGUUGAGCCUUUUGCCUUAAAAGCUGAAAAAAAGGAAAUGAUACCUGACAGUACCUGAUAAGUUGCAUCGCCUGUAGAGUUAUGCUACUUGGUUGGAUUGCUAAAAAAAAAAGGCUAAU